AAAAGAAGCGACACGCUAUUACUCGAUUACAAAUUAUAGUAUUUGCUGUCCAACAAUGAUGCAUUCCUGCUAUAGUUUUAUAAAAAUUCGUUACGUCGGAAGAAAGAGAAUUCACUUAUUUAAACUUUAUGAUAAAUUUUACAAUGUGGAAGAUUUCGUAUGGUUGGACACGUGAUGAUAUGGCCAGAGGGUUCCAAACGUUAGUUUAUUGGAGUGACUUUUUGAUUACAUUAGACGAGAUACAAUUAUAUAAAAUACUUAUUGAAGAAAAUUUAGUUAUCAUCACCCAAAAAAUAAAAAUGAUUGAAAAUGUUCUAAACACUCUAUCAAAUGAAAUCAAUAAUUUAAAAAAUCUCUCAAGCAAUUUAUAUCAGGAAACCAAAAUGAUAGAAGAGAGAGUAAACAAAGUAGAAGACAGUUUCUCGAAUGUUUAUAAAGAUCUAAUGCCUGUGUCAUACUGUGGUGCAGAUAACUGGAACAGUUAUCUGGUUCAAUUCGAGACAAUAGCAAAAACCCGCCAAUGGAAUUACGAGCAGAAGGGAGCCUACCUGGCAGCCAGUCUGACUGGUAAAGCUCGAGACUUGCUCUUACAAAUACCAAGCGAGAAAACUUCUGAUUAUAAAUCUCUUAUAGAAAUUUUGCAAAAUUCUUUCUGUAUAGAAGAAAAUGAAAAAUUCAACCGCUGCAGCGAAUUAAGUAACACCAGGAACGAACAAAUACUGUGAAAUAGCCAACUAAAUGCAACUUUUUUUUUUUAUAAUUUGCAUAA